AUGACAUCAGAUGAGAAGGAUUUUCAAGAAGAAUGUAAUACCCUCACAAAUAUGUUCUUAGAACGAGGAUAUCCCAUGAGUUUUAUAGAGAAUUUACGAAGAAGUAGAGUUGGAAAAAUGAACUUGGCACUUGCCCUGGAAGAUUCAAAUGACUCUAAGGAUUACAAUGAAGGUUUGGUUUAUAAAAGUAGUUCUGACAACCCCCCUUUACACCCAGAUCUACAAGUUUUUGGAGCAGCAUGUACGUCAGACCUCUAUGAUUUAUCAGUUAACAACAGGGUCCCCAAAAAUGAUAAUUUAACUCAAAGUGAAUGUAAAGUGUUGGAUGAACUGGUUCAUAAUUCUGGACUACACAUUAUGAAACCAGACAAAGGAGUUCCAAAUGGCAAUGCAACCAUCACUUAUAGUAAAAAAGGAGACAAUAAUCUUAAUGUUUCCUGCUCCUGGAGUGGUGGUGUUCCUCCAGCCAAAGUACUUUUGGAGCUUGAUAACAUCUCCAAAAAUGGCACUGAAGAAGUAAAUACAGAAGUGGGACAAGGUAGAGUUUCAUGUGUGGGACAGCACUUAUUUCUUAAAUCAGAAACAGCACUUCUUCUAGAAAAACCAAAACCUGAGACAAACAUCUCCAAUCCUUCUGAAAUAAUAGCAACUGAUGAACAAGAGGUAACUCUGCUAGUGACACUGAGCUCAGGAGGAAAAAUGCUAGAAAGGGCACAGUCUGGCAAUAAGGAAAUUCUUCCAGCAACUUUUAAAUGGUUCCACCCUAAUGAAGGCGAGAUCCCUGGCAAUGGAAAUGAUAAAUACAGGAUAUCUUCCACAACACAACAGUCAGUGUUUGUAAUAUCUGAAUUUGCUGGAGAAAAGGACAGAGGGCUAUACAGAUGCACAGUCACAAACAUACUAGGAAGCGUGAACUUUACCUUUCAAAUCAACAUUAAACCAGGUAACAGCUGCAUUACUACUUUAUUUGCAUGUGAUUGA